AUGGAGUUUGACUCCACAAUGACCUUAAGUGGGAAGGGUCUUUGUCAAGCUGCUCCAGAUGUUGGUCUGGUCUGGUCCCCGAGCAUCGGAAGUCAUGCUCCAAGCCUGUUUCGGGAGCCCCAACGAGUUGGGAUCCAUGUGGCUUAUAUCUACCAAUGUUUAUGGAGCUACAAGAUGCGUUUCAAUAGUCUCUCCCAGUCUGAUCCCUCCGUGGCCUUGUGGAAGAGGAAACGCCGGGAGUCUAGCAACACGGACAGCGCCGGCGCCCUCGGGACCCUCCGUUUCUCCGUCUUCGGGCUGGGAUCCCGGGCCUACCCCCAUUUCUGCGCCUUCGCCCACGCGGUGGACACCCGGCUGGAGGAACUCGGCGGUGAGCGGAUCCUGCCCCUGGGCGAAGGCGACGAACUCUGUGGGCAGGAGGAGUCCUUCCGCACCUGGGCCUCCAGCGUUUUCAAGGCUGCCUGCGACACCUUCUGCGUCGAGUCCGACUCCGUCCCCACCGAGGUUUUCUCCAACCGCUGCAGCUGGAAGCGGAACCGGCACCGGGUCCUGGCGCAGCCGAGCGCCACCUUGGACCUUCUGGCAGAUCUGACGAAAACGCACAAACGCAAGGUGUUUCCGUGCUACGUCCUUUCCGUCAAGAACCUGCAGAGCGCCGAUUCCGGACGUAGUGCCGUUAAGGACGACUCAUCGAGCCCGCCCGCCGGCGAGAUGACCCUCGUCUUCGGCUGCCGUAACUCGCGGCACGACCACAUCUACUGCGAGGAGAUCCGAGAGGCUCAGGAGGCGGGGGCUUUACACCGUGUCCUCACCGGUUUCUCGCGCGACCCCGAUUACCCCAAG